UUGGCUGCAACAAUAGCCAACUCAUAGCUAUUACCAAGUUCUAGUUCAGCUCUAAAGGCAGAGGACGGGUGGAGUCUUUCUCUGCCUCACAGGAGUUCAGCACCUGGGACAGCUCCCACACACCUCUAUAGAAAGCUCCUAAGGUAACACUACUCAGCAAGAGAUGGAAAACAGAAGUAAGUCCCAGCUACUCCUGCUCCUGACACUUUCCAUCAUGUUCUUCUCCCAAACACUGGCGUGGCCUCUUUUUGGAGUGCCUUCUGCUCUCAGACUGGGUGACAGAAUGCAAUUUGAAGGAGCAAAUGAACCUGAUCAAGUGUCACUAAAAGAAGACACUGAGUUCCUGCAAAAUGCACUAGCUGAAAAUGACACACCCUAUUAUGAUGUAUCCAGGAAUGCAAGGCAUGCUGACGGGGUUUUCACCAGUGACUACAGUCGACUGUUGGGUCAACUUUCUGCCAAAAAGUAUCUUGAGUCCCUAGUUGGAAAGCGAGUUAACAAUAACAUCUCAGAAGACCAGAGACCAAUCAAACGCCACUCAGAUGCAGUCUUCACUGACAACUAUACCCGUCUUCGGAAACAAAUGGCUGUAAAGAAAUACCUGAACUCAAUUCUGAAUGGAAAGAGGAGCAGUGAGGGAGAAUCACUUGACUUUCCUGAAGAGUUAGAAAAAUGAUGAAAAAGCUCUUUGGGCAGUUGCCACCAACUUCUCAAUGAAUUUUGAAGGAAAACUAUAGGCAAAACAAUUAUAUUUUGAGUUCUACAUCAGUAAUUCAAGAAAACAACUUUAAUAUCAAAACCAAAUAAAGUAUAUUGUGUUGUGAAUGUUGUGACAUUUUAUUCUAAUGUAAUAACUGUGAUGUUUACAUUGUAAAUAUUACUUGAGAGUUCUAAAAAUUGUCUGUAAGUCAUGAAAGUCCUGUAAUUUCAUAUUCUAUGUAUCCUUUCUAAAGAAACAUAUUUAAUGAUAAGUAAAUACUUGAUUAAUUCCAAUUACAUGAGGCUUUUGGAAAGGGUAGCAAUAGAGCAAAAUUAAUGUGUUUAUUUAUAGCAUGUACUUAACUAUUCAGAAGAGCAGAGCAGAUAAUCAGUGUGUCUAUAUUUGAAUAUUAAGCAGAUUGAGUACUGUGUUAAAUAAAUCUCAAAAUGUCUAAAAGAAUACCAACAGGGAGCUAAAGGCAGUCUUUAAAAAAAACUUUUAGAAAAUGCUAUGCCUUUCCAAAUUACUAGACAUCCUUGAUUGUGAAUAUGGUUUAAAAAUCCUUCAAAUUUGGAUCUCUAAAUGCCAAAGACUCGUCUGAUCUAAGGUUUUAGUUAAUGAGAAUGACUUCUACUUCUGAUAUUGGGACUUUCCUUUAUGCUUGUGUUAAGCAGGUGUCACAUGUAAACUGAGUGGAUCUUUAUUUUUUCCAAUAAUAUUUUUUUUUCCAUAGUCGCUAGAAUAAUGCUUGGGUCAAACCAGACUUUUUCGGUGAAAGUACAUUUGGAGACAACUAUUUUUCAAAAAUGAUUGUGAAAACUUAAACAUAGAAAAUAAAGAUCUUUGAUUAUC